AUGAUAGUGAUCAUGUCCAUUUUCAAGCAGCGCAAUCAUCCGGCCUGCACUAACUAUCGAGGGAUCAUCCUGCUGUUGGUGCUUGAGAAACUUCAGCGGGCUAAAGAUGAUGGUGCAGGUGUUGCUGUGAACGAGCCAAAAGGGGUUCCGUACUGGGCACUCAACAUUCUCCUUUUCGGCGAAUGGUUGAGCAAUGCCGCGAGAAAUUCAGCGCCUUUGCCACAACCUUUGACCAACCGCCAAUGGCUGAAUGAACCCUAUGUCGGUACAGUAUACCAGAGUUCAUCAACCUGA